AGCAUUCCUGGCUCCCGGCAGCUCCGCCUGCCUGGCUCUUGGCUCUCCUGCCGCUAGGCUCCUCGCCUCCCGCGCUCCUCUCCCGGCCGGGCCGAGCGCGCUCCCCGACGCCGCAGCGCGGAAAUGAAGGUGCUGGGACACAAGAUCGAACUGCUGACAGGCCUCCUGCUCCACGACGUGACCAUGGCCGGGCUCCAGGAGCUGCGAUUCCCGGAGGAGAAGCCCCUGCUCCGGGGCCAGGAGGCCGCCGAGCUGGAGAACUCUGACACCUUCCUCUUGGCCAUGGACACAGACUGGAAGGAACAUGACAUUGAGACACCUUACGGCCUGCUGCACGUCGUGAUCCGGGGCUCCCCCAAAGGGAACCGCCCUGCCAUCCUCACCUACCAUGACGUGGGCCUCAAUCACAAGUUGUGCUUCAACACCUUCUUCAACUUCGAGGACAUGCAGGAGAUCACCAAGCACUUCGUGGUGUGCCACGUGGACGCCCCUGGUCAGCAGGUGGGGGCGUCACAGUUUCCCCAGGGGUACCAGUUCCCCUCCAUGGAGCAGCUAGCCGCCAUGCUCCCCAGUGUGGUGCAGCACUUCGGGUUCAAGUACGUGAUUGGCAUCGGAGUGGGAGCUGGAGCUUAUGUGCUGGCCAAGUUUGCACUCAUCUUCCCCGACCUGGUGGAGGGGCUGGUGCUGAUGAACAUUGACCCCAAUGGCAAAGGCUGGAUCGACUGGGCGGCCACCAAGCUCUCCGGCCUCACCAGCACUUUACCUGACACGGUGCUAUCCCACCUCUUCAGCCAGGAGGAGCUAGUGAGCAAUACAGAGUUGGUGCAGAGCUACCGGCAGCAGAUCGGGAACGUGGUGAACCAGGCCAACCUGCAGCUCUUCUGGAACAUGUACAACAGCCGCAGAGACCUGGACAUUAACCGGCCCGGAACAGUGCCCAAUGCAAAGACGCUCCGCUGCCCAGUGAUGCUGGUGGUUGGGGACAACGCGCCCGCCGAGGAUGGGGUGGUGGAGUGCAACUCCAAACUGGAUCCCACCACCACGACCUUCCUGAAGAUGGCAGAUUCCGGGGGGCUCCCCCAGGUCACACAGCCAGGGAAGCUGACUGAGGCCUUCAAAUACUUCCUGCAAGGCAUGGGCUAUAUUGCAUACUUGAAGGACCGAAGGCUGAGUGGAGGAGCAGUGCCCUCGGCCAGCAUGACCCGCCUCGCCCGCUCUCGUACCGCGUCGCUCACCAGUGCCAGCUCGGGGGAUGGCAGCCGCCCGCCGGCCUGCACCCACUCGGAGAGCAGUGAGGGGCUGGGCCAGGUCAACCACACCAUGGAGGUGUCCUGUUGAAGCCUGUGGCCCGGCAGAGACGCCCACCUGCCCCCGCCUGCAUCGACGUCCCACUGCCGUUCUCACGCCGCCGGCUCAUUUUCCUUUUAGUUUAUUUUUGUGAAGGCCAAGGGGAGGAAAUGGUUUUACUUCUCUUUUGUUAAAAAGAUGAGGGAGUUCAUCCUAGAUGCUGCGGAACAGUCUCCAGAUGGUUUUGAGAGGCUCACUCCUCCCCACCCCCACCUCACUCACCUUGUUAACUUGGCUGACUUAGACCCCCCUCUUCCAACUCCCCACAGUCAGGGCGGGGUACAGGGAGGAAGGGGAUUUGCUAAGGAGAGAGUUCGAGUCCUCCUCUGGGCAAGAUCCAGGAUAAUUUCCUAGACUGAAGCAAGCAUGGGAUGACCCCCUUGGGCAGGCAGAUUUGAGGAUGGGAUGGGGUUUUGAGGUGGUGUGUUGGGACAGCAGGUCACAAGGUCCAGCUCAGGUACGGAGGUGACAAACCAGGAGGCAGCAUUGGGGAGCACUAGGAGGCAGGAGCCCUGGAGCUCUGCAGGCCCUUUUUCUCCCCAUCUCCUCCACCAAGCACAUCUGUUUCUUUUUGCACAUGUGACAAUCAUCAGAACCAUAGCCACAAGGGGGCGCUCCUACCAGGCAGCUGUAUUCCUGGUGCUCUCUGGGCUGGCCUGGUGAUAUAGGGCCAGGCAGGCAGGGACCGAACAGGGUUUCUCUGCCCAAAGAAGACAGAACACAGAGGACCUAAGAGGCAGGAACCCCACAGACUGUCUCAGCCCACACACUCCACCACCUCCUGGCCUUGUCCCAUGUCUGAGCCAAGGCCCUGUGGUAGAAAGUUGCCUGAUUCUCUAUCUCCAUUGGGACCUGAUUUGGGGGCUGAGUUAAAUGCUGGAAUAGCCCAUGAGGGUUGGGCACACCCAAGAACCUCCUGGUGUCUGCCUUCAGGAGCCAGGAUGUGGCUGGAGGCAGUGGUGGCUGAGAUUCCCAGUUCCAUGGAGGACAACCCAAUCAGCAGCUGUGUGUCCAAGGCCACCAGAAACAUGGUGUUGUUUCUGGUCGUGGUCAAGCUAUGCCAAUAUUUUCUGUGGGCAUCACUAAGAAGACAGUUUAUUUGGAGAGAAAUGGAAUAAGGUAGUGAGACUUCUGCAGACCCCCACUGCCAUCUCAGGACCACUGGAGUGGUUUGGGCUGGGGCUUGCUGGGUCCUGGGGUGGGAGUCACCUCCCAGGUUUCUGAAGUGAACAAGGGCCAGGCAGAGGAGAAAGGCUCUUCAUACACCCUGGUCCCCUCCUUUCACCUGAAGCCCAGGACUGUGCCAUACACAUCCCACCCACCCACACUAUCAGGGAGAAUCUCCUGGCCCAAAAACCAGAGCCACUGGUCUUGGAGCCUAAAUCAAUUGCCAAACCCCAUUUUGAAAUGAGGGGAGAGAGCAAUGAAAACUGCAGGGCUGCGGAGGGGACAGUUGUUGUGAGGUGCUCUGAGGCUGCGCGGACACCUGCAUCCAUCUUUCCUUGGCACAUAUCACCCCCUUCUAGAAUCUUAAGCCAUUACUAGACUGCUCUAGAGCCUGGUGGAGUGUUAGUCUGUCCCAGUUCUAUUCACUCAUGUGCUUCCUUUGAAUAUCAAAUGUGACUGUUUGAAAAGCUGGUAGAAUUAAUCCCUCUUACUGUAGAUAGCGCUGCAGACCUUGGAUUUUUUUUUUCUGUGUUCUUUCAGAUGAGAUAUCUAUAAAUAUCUAUACAUUAUAUAUAUAUAUGUAUAUUGGGUCUUCCUGCGUGUGGUUUUCCAUAGGAGGUUGUCUCUGGUCAAAGUGGACUUUUAAUGGAGUUUAUUAUUUUCCUCUCUGUAUAAAGUGAAGAACCUAAUUUUGUGUAUUCUGGUGGCUGAUGUCAUGAAACUUUGAGAUGACAAAAUGUAAAACAAAUAAAAACCCUUGUCAAAGUAGAAAGA